AAUCAUAUAGAAUUAGAAAAACACAUACAAAGAGGAGAAAAGCUUGUCCCUGCUCCAACAACAUGCUGAAGUAGAACAUAGAUUCUCGGUUAAUAAUCUAGAUGUUAAAGAAUUACACUGGUCAACAACCAAUUUACAUCAGGGAUGUUAUAUGGUGUUUUAGAUGUAGUUUUGUCCGUGAAUUUCAAAAAUGUAAUCGGUUUCCUUCUAUCAGGCACAGUUUUUCUGAUGAGAUAAGAGAGGUAUAUAACUCCCAUCAGCAGUAUCGCUACACGUAAACGUCUUAUACAGGUGCCAAGUCAUCACCAUCAUCAAAUUCUACUCAGGAUGUCAAGGCAUUGCAAGAACAGUCCUGAUAUAUUUUGUCAUGUCUGUGGUUCAUUUACCACCAAAGCUCAGAAACGUGCCAUCACAAGUGAAAUCAAGAAGGUCUACCAAUUAUACGUUGGCUGCUCUCUUAGGGAUCAAGAUAAGAGAUGGGCCCUGCACAUCAUCUGCUCAGCUUGUUCAUAUGGACUAAGGGAUUGGUUAAAUAAGAAGAAGAGAGUAAUGCCAUUUGCAAUACCUAUGAUAUGGAGAGAGCCAAAGGAUCAUUUCAUGGACUGUUAUUUCUGCAAUGUUAAUGUAUGUGGGUUAGCAUAAGAUUGUGUAUCCCAACUUGGAAUCAGCAAGAAGACGGGUAUCACACAACGAUGAUGAUCUUCCUAUUCCAAUACCACCAGAAAAUGGCCUUCAGAUGUCUGACGAAGAUGUAUUUCCUGAAGAAAAUACUACUGCUGUGGAAGACACUGAAGUGGAUGCAGAUUUCACGAUUGAAAAUGAAGACGUACCACAGAAAUUUUCUCAAGGAGAGUUAAAUGAUUUAGUUAGAGACUUGUCAUUGUCGAAGGAUAAAGCUGAACUAUUAGCAUCUUGCCUACAUGAAAAAUCUCUGCUUAAUAAAGAUGUUUGUAUUACUCAUUUCAGGAAGAGAAAUAGGGAUCUGACUUCAUGCUUCUCUGUUGAUGGACCACUUUCUUUCAGUAAUAACACUGAUGAGUUAUUUCACUGUUUGUUCCAAGAGCAUGUUCCAGCUGAAUCGCGCUUAUUCAUUGCCUCAUCUAAGAGAAGCCUCAAGGCAGUACUACUACACAACGGCAAUAAGAAACCAUCCAUUCCCAUAGGACAUUCAGUGCACAUGAAGGAGUGUUAUGAAAACAUGCAAGUACUCCUCAAUGCCAUAAAGUAUAUAAGCUUCAGCUGGAAAAUCUGUGGGGACUUGAAAGUGAUUGGAAUAUUGAUGGGAAUGCAAUCACGAAAUAUUGUUGCUUUUUAUGCCUGUGGGACAGUCGUGCAACUAUCAAGCACUAUGUGCAAUCAGAGUGGCCUUUGCGAAAAUCAUGAGCCGGGAGUUUCUAGCAUCCAGAGUGAGCCACUUUUUAACCCAGAAAAUGUUUUUCUUCCCCCUCUUUACAUAAAGUUUGGCCUCAUGAAACAAUUCGUGAAGACACUUGCCCGGAAAAGCUCAAAAGGUUUUGAAUAUGUGAAGGCCAAAUUUCCAAAAAAUCACCGAGGCAAAACUGAAGGAGGGCGUGUUCAUAGGUCCGCAGAUUAAAAAAACUCUUGAAGGACAACCACUUCCUCACAGCACUGGAUGAGAUUGAGUUAAAAGCCUGGAAAUCCUUCAAAUGGCUCUGUGAAACUUUCCUAGGCAACAAGAGAUCUCUAGAGUUUAGAAAUGGAGUGAAAUGUCUUGUAGACUCCUACGCUGCAAUGGGCUGUCGGAUGUCCCUAAAAGUUCAUUUCCUUGAUUCACAUCUGGACUUUUUUGCAGAGAACCUUGGAGCAGUGUCUGAUGAGCAAGGGAACGCUUUCUUCAAGAUAUUGCAUCGAUGGAACAAUGAUAUCAAGGAUUUUGGAAUGCAGGAAUGUUAGCUGACUACUGUUGGAUGUUAUACAGGGAUGAACCUGAGACAAAACACCAUAGAAAGUCCAAAUCCCAAAGAUUUCAAGUUGUUAUGCAUUUGAGUGUACUGUAAUUUAUUUGUACACAAUAAUUUUAAUUUUAUACAAUAAAAAAAAACAUGAAAUUAUCAUAUCUUGUAUUCAUUAUCUAUAUAUAUAAAAAUGAGAAUGUGUGUCUGUCUGUCUGUCUG